AUGUCUUCCCCUUCGUCAUUAAAUAAAGGAGAGCAGUCAAGCGCAAUUGAUGAUGGCAAUUCUAGAAAAAAAUGGGAAUAUUUAAAAAAUUGGAUCCACUGCAUUUGCGUCGUUGCCUUCGAUCUUGAACUUGGUCAAGCCAUUGAGGCGAUUUAUCCAAGUCAUAUUAAACUUGCCGAACAAGAGAGAUCCAAUGUCUGCUAUUUGGCUUUUCCUGAUUCAAAUUCAGGCUGUAUGGGUGACACACAAUACCAUGUGAGAAUUAGGCAAAGCGGGAAAAAUUCGCAGGAGAAUACCGCUUUGAAAAAUUAUAAUAAAAAUGCACCUAUUUUCCUACGAUCUGAUACGUACCAUUAUUGGGGAUAUGUAUAUUUUCGUCAAGUGAAAGAUAAAACACUGCCUAGAGGAUAUUUCCAAAAAAGUAUAAUAUUGAUAUCAAAGCUUCCGUUUGUAAAUUUAUUCACCGAAAUCGUUGCUUUGAUUGCUCCAAAGUUUUUUGAGACUGGUAAAAGCGUAAUGGAAUCGAUAGUGGAUGAAAUCGCCGACUGGCCGGCUCCAGUUCCAGGUGAAAUCAUUAACUUACCUCUUAUGGGUGUGUUAUUCCAGACCUACGUCCCUAAUCAAUAUUAUAAAUUGACAGUAUCGGAUGUCGUGACAGGAAAUCAAACAACACGCGAAGAGUCGGACAGACUUCUCAUGUUAACUUCAGUCUAUGAAGACAAUAUUUUUCAAAGUUUAGCCGUCGUUGUUAGUCAUAUUCAUUUACUGUGGGAACUUGUUUUGUUAGCUGAACCUAUUGUCGUUAUGGCAUCUUCCCCUACAAUGUGCUCAAGAAUGGUUCAAGCUCUCACAGCGUUGAUUACGCCACUCAAAUAUCAUGCAGAUCAUCGGCCUUAUUUUACAAUCCACGAUUCUGAAUUUAAAGAAUAUGCGACAGACACGCAGAACCCACCAGCUGUGAUUCUAGGUGUCACAAAUCCUUUUUUUGCUAAGACUCUGCAACACUGGCCACAUAUUGUUAGAAUUAACGGCACUGAGUAUAACGAAAACUUUAAACACAGAAUAAAAAAGUCUGAUACCCUGAAAAUACUCGAUUCUAAGCCUGGAGUCUAUACUGAGUACAAGCCAUUUUUACGUAAGGAUAAGGCAAUUUUGAAGAAAUUACAUAGAGGAAUUCAAACAAAGAGACCAGGAGAGGCUCAAACGGUACUUCUGAGGAAACAUUUAAUGGAACUUACAGAGAGCUUCAUGAUUCCUCUCGAGAGAUACAUAGCUACUCUAAUGCCGUUACAAAAAAACAUAUCACCCUUCAAGGCGACUCCGAUACCUCACUUGUUCAAUAUGGACGAAUUUCUUGCCACGUUGAGCAGUUCGGGUCCGCAACUAACGAGCGGAGUAAAAGGCGACUGGGUCGGUCUCUAUCGUCGCUUCUUUAGAUCACCAAAUUUCUCUGGCUGGUUCCAGACGAGAUACGCCGAAUUGUCGAAAAAAAUAGAGGCGAUUCAUCUCGAGGCUCUAUCCCAGGCGGAUUUGACCUUAUGGGUACAAGGCAAGCAGGAAGUUGAAUUAGUCGACAUGGUCUUGAGAAUUCGACAGAAGCUCCAAAAAAGCAACGAAGACGACGUACCUAUUGGAGAUUCCGUGCAAGACAAGUUGCGAGAGAGAAUAAAGGAUAUUACACGCACACUGCCCGACGACUUGAAGACUAUUCUUAAUUACAACUCUUGACAUUACAGUAAAAACCUGCUUUUAUCAUUGUUAUUAUAUGAUUGUAAUCUUAAUUUAGAACAAAGGAUAUGUAGUUUACGUGGGCGAAGGGAAUCGUGUGAGUGAACUCACGUUUUGUAAAUCUUUUCUUAUUGUCGGCCAAUAUUUUUGCGUCUCGAAUUCACUCAGGAUGCAAAAAACUUCUCUUGCGAUUAGGGCAUACUUUUCCUUUUAUUUUAUAACGUGUGAUGAAUUUAUCUUUUGAUCAACUUUUUAUACUUCUUCGAUGAAUUUUUGAGUUUGAAUUUUAAUACUCUUGAACAGUUUUGAAGAGCUGAGAUUAUUAUUUAGUUUAAAAAAAUGAAAGAUAACAUUGUGUCCUAUUUUUUUAUUAAAAUUAAUUGACACUGGUGUCUAUCCUAUAAUACGUUUGAGUUUAAAAAAGGUAAAGUACAAGAAUCUUAACUGUAUUAUAACGUAUCAUUCACGAAAUUCAUUUCACUUGGCUUCCAUUUUAAAAAUGUUUUGAAUUUGCUAAUUCACUCUGGAUAUGAAUGCUACGUCAUUUUUAACUCUAGAAGGCUUUGCUUUACAUUUUGAAUCAACUCGUUCACAGAGUUUUUGUAUUGCAUAAAAUAAACGAUUGGUGUCAAAAUCAUUUAUUUGUCAAGAAAAUUGGAAGUAUAAAAUGAAUCUCAAUACUAGUAAGAAUGAUCUGCGAGUGAGUUUUUAUAUUUCUGUUUAAAGAAUUGCGAUACGUAUUUGUACGACUCAACGUUCCAUUUUUUGUCUGUAAAUUGUACAGUAUUGGAAAUUAAUUUAGGUGUCUAUAAAUAAAUUCUGUAUUUGU